GUUUACGAAAACAUGGAUAUCAUUCCAACAUUUCUAUUGUCUUAUUUACUAACAUUGACGGCUGAAUAAAGUCUGAUAUUUUUGAAGACCGUGGUUGUGAAUGUGUCAUUACGUUGUAUUCAUUCAAUGUAGUUGAUUCAUUGUUUCGAAAAAAUAUAUGAAAUUUAAUAAACAUUUGUAUGCUCUUCGGAGAGUUUCUUUAAAAGUGUGAAAAUCUGUUUGUCUACUAUUGAGAUUUUAUGUAAAAUUUUGAGUAUCUCAAAAGUGCGACCAAAACUGUGAAAAAUAGUCGGGUUUGAAUCAAAGGAAGAUUGAAAUUUGAUUGAAUUAUGCGUAAAUUAUUUUGGUUAAUUUUUUUAUCUUGUUUAAAUACUGGCGCUGUGCUGACAAUGUCAUGUGGUAUCGACAAGUCGCGAGUCAAACAUGUGUAUGAAGGACUGGCGCGGAUCGAGACCUACCCAUGGCUUGGAUUCCUCUACUAUCCUUACACGUUUAAGAAAAGAUUCACGACGGCCGUGGUUUUGGUGACAAAACAGAUUGCGCUUGCAUCAGCUGCGGAGAUCGACGCUAUGCCAAAAACGGAUUUCAGGUCAAGAGCUAGAGUAGUCUUAGGCUACAACUGCAGCGCUCCCGGUAUCGGCAUACGAGACUACUCCUAUCACCCGGACUUCGCUAAGGAUACAUUCAGUACACUUGCUAUGAUACAACUGGAAACAGAUCAUGUGAGAGUGGAGUUACGCCCUAUCUGUCGUCCUCCAUCACAUUUUAACAAUCAGCAGUUCUUUGCCAUGGUUUUGUCUGAUAGUAAGUAUGCUUUUAACAGAAAGAGUCAUACUUAAUAUGUUUUUUUAUAAAAUCACCACACAAUGGGAGCCAGCGGAUGGACUCUGAAGCCGUGGGUGGCCUAGGAAAUGGGGACGGUACGAUCGAAACGCGUGAGCUGGUUCCAUUUACCCUAGGACAGAGAACCGUGGACGGAUUUAAGGAAUCCUAUU